AUGAAGGUGGUGCUGCUGGCGGUGCUGUUGGUGUUGGCCACGUGGGCAGAUUCGGUCCAGGCCCAGAAAGCUCUGAGACUCUGUGGCCGUGAGUUUUUUCGGGCGGUCGUCUACACGUGUGGGGGUUCCAGAUGGAGGCGGGGCCAAACCGAGGACCCCCUAAAUGGUUAUGAAAUCGGGACUGAUGUGGAGUCACUGACCUCUGCAGGAAUGGAUCGAGUAAGAAGAGAGGCCUAUGAAGCGCUGCCUUCCACGUGCUGUAAAGUGGGAUGCAGAAAAAGUGAUCUUGUUCGCAUGUGCUGA